AUGGAGGCUGAUAACCAACCCCGGCCCUUUCCGUGCGAGUGGGAUGCUUGUGGGAAGAGUUUCAACCGGAAAUCCGACCUGCAGCGCCAUUAUCGCAUACACACCAACGAACGCCCAUACAUCUGCAGCUGGCAAGGAUGUGACAAGAAGUUCAUCCAGAGAAGCGCAUUAACUGUUCACAUCCGGACACAUACAGGCGAGAAGCCGCACGCGUGUCAGCACCCAGACUGCGACAAGCGCUUCUCAGACUCCUCUAGCCUGGCUCGUCACCGUCGAAUCCACACCGGAAAGCGGCCCUACACAUGUUCACACCACAACUGCGCCAAGACAUUC